AGUCAAUCAUCAUUUUCUCAAGCGAGUAUUGAUAGCGUGACCUCUGAUCCAGAUUCUGUCCUAAGAGAUCUUGGCAUCCCCAUUACAGAUGCCUCUGGCCAGACCCUCGUGAGGCAGUCUUCAAACACCAGUGCAUGUUCUGUGGGAGAUUUAACAAUGCCAACAAUUGUGCAUACAAGCACUCGCAAGCACAAUAUCCAGUUGUCAGUGGCCAAAGUUAAUGAGCUGAACAUUCCACCAUGUGAGAAUGUGACCUAUAAUAAAGAAACACAGACCAUUGAUUUGGAGCCCCUAGACAAGGAUGGCAAGAGAAAGCGAGCUAACUCUCAUGGAAACUUUGGAAUGUUGGACUAUUACGGCUUUGGGUCUGCAAAAUUUGUGCACCCAAAAUUGCAAUGGGAGGAUGAGUUUUUUGAUGAUAUGGACGAAGUUUUGUUUUAUGACAAUGCUGGUCACACAGAUGACGACACAGAUUCCCUGGAUGUCAGUGCUGACAUCAGCCAUGGUCAUGGACACCACAUGCCACAUGUGGAGCCGGUGGCACCGCCUGAGGUGGAGAAAAAAGUGGAGGAGAAACCACAAGUUCGGGAACUGAGUGAGGAGGAGAAGAAGCAGAUCAUGAUGUCUGAGGACUAUCAGCUGAGUGUCUCCCGGGCUGCACGGAUCAUGCAGCGGAUGCUGGCUUUGAACGAUACAGGGCUGACCAUUGAUUAUAGUGGCGGUGACAGUGAGGGCAAGGAUGAUGACAGUCUGGCAGGGGAGAAGUUGAAGCUGCAGCAGCAUUUCUUUGAUGAGAGGUGGUCCAAACGUAGGACAAUCACCAGCAUGGGUCAUAGACACCUGUGUUACCCCGAGCUGCUGCUUGCCUCAUACAAUGCCAAUGAAGAUGCGCCGAAUGAUCCAGAUGGAGUAGCCCUGAUCUGGAAUAUGAAGUUCAAGAACAUGGACCCUGAGUACAUCUUCCAUUGUCAG